AGAGGUUUCCGUGCCGGGCGCCGGUCAGCUGCCCGGUGUGCGGCCGCGUGUGCUCCAACAAGUACAUCCUGAGGACCCACAUGGAGGACCGGCAUUCGGGGCCGCAGCGCCUCACGUGUCCGCACUGCGCCAAGGAGUACUCUUCACGCAACUCCCUCCUGUCGCACAUCUCCCGGUACCACCGCGAGCGGGAGAGUGGCCCCGUGCCCCUGCCCACCGUCGAGCUGCUGGAACCCAAGGCGCAUCCCCCGCCACGCCCGCAGCACCUACCGCAGCACCAGGCGUCGCCCCUGCAUGUGCCCCCACCGCCGCAGCCGCCACACCAGCCGCCAGUGCCUCUCUCUUCCGCGUUGGAUCUCCUGGAGGUCAAGCCGCAGGUGGCUCACCCGCACGCGUCCCCUCAGUGAGGGGACUAGGCCUCAGGUGCGCGCCUGUACGCACGCACGGGUCGCGGCGCCGUCAGCUGGACCGUCCCACCACGCCCUGGCCCUCCACCGCCACCGUCCUGUCUCGCCAACCAGACACGCCGCCAUCCUGCCAUUGCCAGCACCUGGAAACCACCGGCAGUCCCGUGACGCCCUUCCUUCCAGCAAUUGAUCAUGGAAGCACGCCAGGGAUCAGCUCACUUCCACGAAUUCGCAUGAAAUUUCGCGAAGAUUUCACUCGCUUCCUCAGCCGGCCGUCCACGGCGUCGCGAGCCUUGCCGACCAUCUCUCUGCGCCGAACCGCCGCGCAGGAGCUGCCGGGUCCGCGACGGCCCGGCGGUUCAGCGGUUCUCCGGACUGGGCUGCGGCGGCGACGAGGGUCCUAGCCUUGGCCCCUCGCUCCUGGAAGGCCCGCGCUCGUGGCCGCUCUGGAAACCGAGGGUCCGGAUCCUGUGACCAUGUCUUUCCAGCUAAACUCGCUGCUCCGCCGCCGCCGCCCAACGGCAAUGGCGACGCACGGCUGAGGCCACCGCUCGGGACCACGAAACGGACGCCCAGGGAGCGUUCAAGGGCCGUGACCGCCGUCGCAAUCACCGUCCCUGGGUCAUGACACCUGCGUUUGCCAUGCCCUGAGGUCAUGCCAUAUUUGCCCUUAUCAUGGCGGUCUCUCUGUUCCCAAAGUCUAGAAGUCACAGCUGUCUCUACCAUGGCCGAAGUCUUGAAGUCUGUCACGGCCGCGGCAGGCAGUUUUCGUGGUCGACACAAAUGCCCCUGGCGUACCCUGAGGGUAUGAUGCAGGCAUGACUUGGCGAGAUGUGAGUCAAGUCAUGCAUGCUGUGUUGAUUACAUGAAAACUGCUUGCAUGAUCUUUGACAGACCAGAUAUUGUCGCAGAAGCUUUGAAAAUAAGGCUCCCGUAAAC